UAUUAUUAUCCGUGUCAGAGACUUCCAACUAAACAAAUCGAUUCUUCAUCCUGCCAGUCAGUAAAAUGAUCUCGAGCUCGACAGAUAAUUAUGGGCUUAUCCAAUUGAUAAACCUUGCAUAUCACAUCGUCAGCUAGCAAAUCAAUAUUCGCCACGAAUUUGAUUUUAAGUAUAGAAUAUUAGUGCAUGUUUUGUUUAAUACCAUUCAGUAAAAUUAUAAAUCGGUUAAAUUAAAACAUCUUUUAAAAUGCGGUUAACUCGUAAUAACAAAUUUAACCUGUUCCUCUUAACGUUACUUAUUUUUACGUGCCUCGGAGGGAUCAGUAGUUCUCGGGGAGAAGUAGAUACAGCAAAGUCAAAAUCGGAUAAGAAACCACCGUCCCAACUGUUGGAAGAAGAAGAGGAAGAUAACGACGAUACACCUCGCUUAUCCAAGGAUUCGUUCUCCAAAUUGACGGAGGAGGAGAGAUUAUCCGCCUUUGAAAAGUUGUGGUCGGAUCCGGACGAGAUCACAGUGACGACGGACCCUGGUUCGAAAACGAGACAGAAAUGGAGCAAGGAGGACGAUUCGAGAUCCUCCUCGUCAGAGUUUACAAAGGAUGAAUCGGAAAUGACGGACACGGAAAGAGUGGUACAAGCUAUUAAAAUGAGAUUCGUAAAUCCAGAUGCGAUUCAAGUUGUUGAACCUCCUAACUUGGCCGGGCAGGAUCCAUUUGGCGGUGCUGACAUGGAAGGACUUGGUGGCGUGACGACGAAAAAGUUUAAAUUCAUCCUCAAUCAGCCUUCGAUUACACCAGUCGAGCCGAUAACCAAUCUCUUAAAUAAAAGGAAGGAACCCGAAGUCCCCGAGGAUGAUGAUGAGCCUGAAAUUAUCACGGCAGAAGGCGUAGAAACAGAUGAGAGACAUGCCGAUCUCAUGUUCAAACAGGCGAUCGAACUCCUCGGACCAUCUGCCUCACGGGAUUCGACUGGUUACCACGUAAUUACGUCAGUCGGCAAAACCGAGAAGGUAGAGCAAGCGUACGUCCUUCUACAACAAGCUGCCCUACGUGGUCAUAAAAAAGCAAUGGAAAUUAUGGCGUGGGGUCAGCUGCUUGGUCCACUCCCGUUAGAUCUUGAGGGGGCCAAGGGGAAGUUUGAAGCUUUAGCGAAGAAAGGAUAUCCAAACUCGCAAAUGGCUAUGGGGUUUCUUCAUGCCAAUGCAUUAGAAACAGAGCUUAACGGUGCGUUGCCUAUCCUGUACUAUACAUUUAGCUCAAUUGCUGGAGCAAGUUGGAGUCAAAUGGCGCUCGGUUAUCGAUACUGGGGAGGAAUCGGGGUGCAAGUUUCUUGUGAGAAAGCGUUGGAGCAGUAUCGACGCGUCGCAGCUACCGUGGCGAGUGAAGUGAGCGAGGUUGGGACAGGACCUGCCAUUCAGAGGAUUCGAUUACUUGACGAAAUUGAAGGAACGCCGGGAAGCACAAGUACGAGUACCGGGUCGUCGGGAAAUAUCCUUAAUUCAGAUAUUCUCGAUUAUUACACGAUGCUGGCGGAGAGAGGCGAUCUCCAAGCACAGGUUGGACUUGGUCAACUACACUUUCAAGGCGGUCGUGGUGUCUCGCCUGAUCACCAUCUUGCUCUCCGCUAUUUCCGAAGAGCCGCCGAUGCUGGAAGCCCUGUCGCGAUGGCGUUUUUGGGCAAAAUGUAUCUUGAGGGGAACGAUGCGGUCGAAGCUGACACGGUUAAAGCGUUGAAAUGGUUUCAAAAGGCUGCGGAGCAGGGCAGUCCGGUUGGACAGAGUGGUCUCGGCUUGAUGUAUUUGACGGGGAAAGGAUUGCCUAAAGAUCCGUCAAAGGCAUUGCAGUAUUUUACGAUGGCUGCGGAACAAGGGUGGGUAGAUGGUCAGCUUCACUUGGGAAACAUGUACAUGACGGGAAUCGGUGUUCGUCGUGAUUACCAACAAGCUGCAAAAUAUUAUAACCUUGCUGCUCAGUCGGGACACAUUUUGGCGAUUUAUAACCUAGCACAGAUGCACGCGACUGGCACGGGAAUGAUGAGGUCUUGCACUGCGGCCGUUGAGCUUUACAAAACUGUUGCUGAGCGUGGUCGCUGGGGUCUUCUUUUGGCUGAAGCUCACAAUGACUACAAGGAGAAGCGGUACUCUCAAGGUCUCGUGAAAUACUUACUCCUUGCCGAACUUGGAUAUGAGGCAGCUCAGGCGAACGCAGGCUACAUGUUGGAAAGGGGCGAGGUGGGCUGGGAAGUUUUCGAAGGGUGGAAGAAAUUGGUAAACCUAAAUAAUGGACAGAGUCAGGACCUUCCUCCACCACCACUUGAAGCCGUCACGAAGCCAGAAAGUGUAGGAGAAAAUGCGGAAAGUCAACCAGAAGACCAGAAAAAAGACGCUACUACAACUCCCGAAGAAGGUGAAGUACCACAGCAGCCGACGACGACGACCAAAUAUGAUCUCACCUCCCCACAAUCCCUCCUCUCUCGUGCCCUCCAGCAGUGGUCCCGGUCCGCGUCGCAGGGCUACUCUCAGGCUCGAGUUCGGCUCGGGGAUUACUAUUACUACGGCUGGGGAACAACUACGGACUACUCUUCAGCAGCGACCCAAUAUCGCCUCGCAUCAGAACAGCAGCGGAAUCCACAAGCCAUGUUUAACCUGGCUUACAUGCACGAGCAAGGACUCGGGCUUAAACAGGAUUUGCAUCUGGCGAAAAGGUUUUACGACAUGGCGGCCGAGACGAGUACGGAUGCAAGAGUUCCCGUGACGCUGGCGUUGAUCAAGUUAAAUUUCCUCUCGACCCUGCAAGCCCUCAAUUUAUUUGAUUUCGACGCAGAUUCGACAACAUAUGUCGAAAUAGAUGGAUUCUCCUCCUUCUCGGAAAUGCUAGACUUUUCCAAUAACUGGGACUUGUAUUUGUUAACGGUUCUGGUGGGGAUUUUAGGAAUUUUAGUGUGGUUAAGGCGACCUCUGCAAGGAGGUGGGGGUUAAACUAGACUAAUUAAUUAGAUUAAUGAAAUUUCAAAGUCAAUAUGUCAAUAAAAUCCAAUCAUAUAUCACCAAAUAAAUAAAUAUUUAUUAAGUAAUAAUCAUAAUUCGUAUUAAGUAGUGUAUAAAAUCGCACAAUAUUUAAUAAUAUGAACUGAAAAGAUGACCUUGUGAAAAUGUAUGUAAAUCAAGUGUACAUUUGUUUAAACUGAAAAGUAUGCAAGAAAAAUUUGUCAUUUUGUUUCUGAAUGUGUGGGAAAAUGUAAAUGAUGAUGAUGAAUGAAUGCGUUUUAUAAUAUCGUCUGGUGUACAUAUACCGAUAUCUGUCAUGUUUGGGAUUAAGUUAUAAUUUGCGUAAUGGUUACAAUAAAAUGUGAUAUCUCGUCAUUUUUGACAUAUGGUCCUUAAUAUUAUAAAUCUUUAAUGUGGAAUAAAAUGUGAUGCAUGUAAAUAAUGCGUAUGUCAACCAAAAAUCAAAACUGUGCAAACAUUUUAAUAGUAAAGCAUCCGAUUUAUAUCACUUCUUGUCAACACAUACAAGGGAAUCAUAUAAACAUGACAAGUUUGUUGAAAUUGGUUAAAAUUAUAAAGAAAUAUAUAUAGUACGUGAAUGAUGAAGAACUUUUACAAAUUUGUUAUAAGAUUAUUAGACAAACAUGCCAACAUGGGCUAAAAUACAUGGAGAAAUCACAGAACAUCACAAAUGUGCGUUUCACAAGAACAUUAAAAAU